AUGGCAGGCGCCCCUCUCAGGAUCGGCUACGUGCCCGAGCACUUUUCCACGCCCAUCUACUUUGCCCAGAAGCACUACGGCCUGGAUGCGGUCCUGACGCCGUUCCCGUCCGGCACCGGCGCCAUGAUCACCGCGCUCCGGGCCAAGGAGAUUGACAUUGGCAUCGGGCUUACCGAGGGCUGGAUCGCCGGCCUCGGCAAGGAGGACCUGCCUGGCGACGGCGGCUACCGCUUAGUCGGCACCUACGUCGACACCCCUCUCUGCUGGGCCAUCUCGACCGGCGCGCAGCGUCCCGACAUCACAUCGGUCGAGUCCCUCCAGGGCGGCAAGAUUGGCGUCUCUCGCAUCGGCUCCGGCAGCUACGUCAUGGGCUUCGUGCUCGCCGACCAGCGCGGGUGGCUGGCGCCCGGGCAGCCGUCGCCGCCGUUUUCCGACAAUGUCGUGCUGCACACGUUUGCGCACCUGCGCGAGGCCGUCAACACCGGCGCGGCUGACUUCUUCAUGUGGGAGCACUUUACGCAGAAGCGCUACUUUGACGCCGGCGAAAUUCGCCGUGUCGGUGAAAUUUACACACCUUGGAGCAGCUGGAAGAUUGUCGCGUCGACGGACCUGCCAACGGGCGACGACCGCGUGCAGGCGCUGUUUGACAAGCUGGAUCGGGGCGUGGCACACUUCAACGACAACCAGGAGGAGGCGGUGCAGUACAUCUGCACCAACUUGGACUAUACCGAGGCGGACGCGCGCGAGUGGCUCAAGACGGUCAAGUUUCCGACGCACACCAAGGGCGUCAAGGCGGAGACAGUCGAGAGCUGUGUGACGAUUCUGCAAAAAGCGGGUGUGCUGGUGCCUGGCAAGGGAAUGCAGCCAGGAGCCAUGGUUAUUUAA